AUGGCCACGAAAAAACCCAAGGCGGCCGCUGCCGCUGAUGACAACCUCGACGAACUCUUCCAAGGCAUCGCCGUCGACGCCAAGUCCAAGAAACCAGCCAACGCCAAAGCCCCCAAAUCCGCGUCCGCAGCCUCCAAGGCCAUUGGCGACGCCGACAUCCUUGCCGAUCUAGAGUCGCAGCUCGCCUCGGAAAAGCCCGCCUCGCGUCCUCAUACUCCUCGGCUCAAGGAAGGUGGUGGUGGUGGUGGUGCCAGACGACCCCCCGGCACACCGCCCGCGGGCGAGGAUAGGUCCGCCGCUGCUCGCAAAUCCACCGACAGUGCCCGAAGCCUGAGGGCCAGCUUCACGCCCAGCGCGACCAGCUCGGAGCUCCACGAGGCCGAGAAGAAGGGAACCGUCGAACAGCUCCACCAGCAGCACCAGCAGCACCAGCAGCAGCUGGCUGGCGGCGGCUGGUGGGGUGGCAUUCUCUCCACUGCCACUGGCGUCAUGAAGCAGGCCGAGGCCGCCUACAAGGAAAUCCAGCAGAACGAAGAGGCCAAGAAAUGGGCUCAUCAGGUUCGCGGCCUUUCCGGAGGCAUUGACGUCGGCACGCUGCGCAGCUACGGCGAUGAACUUCGAAAUCGAGCCCUGCCCACCUUUACCAACAUCCUCCACACGCUUGCUCCGCCCAUCAGCUCCCACGAGAGGCUCAAGAUCCACAUCACCCACGAUCUGGUCGGCUACCCUUCCAUGACCCCCCUCGUCCACGGCGUGUUCGCCCGCGUCAUGUCCCAGGUCGAGGGCGGCGACCUCCUGGUCGUGCAGCGCGGUCACGAGAGCGGCUCGCGGCGCCACAGCGACGGCAGCGCCGGGUGGCACGACGGGCCUUGGUGGCGCCAGACCGACUCGCCGCGGGAGCUCGGCUCCGUCGGCGGCAUCAUGGAAGGCACCAAGCUGUGCCGGGCCAACGCCGAGUCCCACGCGGCCGAGUACUUUGCGGCCAGCGGCGGCAUCGAGCUGGCCAAGAUGCGCGCGACCGAGGACCUGAGCGAGAGCAACCCGGUGCGCACGUCGGACGUCUUCCUGGCCGUGCAGGCCGUCACCACGGAGCCGGACAAGACGCUCUUUGCGGCCUCCGCCCCGGCCGAGAAGGACAAGGCGUCGUCCGCGGUACAGGACCAGGACGGCCACGGCGGCGAGCUGGUCCGCUUCGCCGUCUUUGUCCUCGACCCCGUCCACGAGAUUGAGUUUUCGACAGUCAGCCAGAGCCUGCCGCUCCGCUGGCUCCGCUGGCUCGACGCCGACACCGCCGCCGCCGACACCGCCGCCGACACCGCCGACACCGCCACCACCGCUCCCACCACCCCCGUCCUCCUUACCCCUCGCUCCAGCGACGCAAGCCAAGACGCCUCGUACGACGCACGAGUCCCCGAGGAGAUCCGGGACAUUCUCGACAGCGGCGGCGUCGAUCCGCGGGAGUGGGUGGCCGAGUGGUUGGAGGAGACGCUGAGCCUGUCGCUCGGCGUUGUCGCCCAGCGCUACGUCGCCCGGCGGAUGGGCGUCGGCGAAGGCGGCCGGGGCCGGGGCAAGAAGCGAGCCGAGGAGCUUGCCGAAGCCAACGCCGGGGAGGCGGCGAGAGCUGGCGUGUUUUAA